AUGGAAUUAAAGAAGAGCGAAAUUCCUCAGUGUCCAUUGUGUGGAGUGUUUGUUUCCAAACAGUUUCCUCUCGAAGACAACAAUUUAGUGAUUCAUAGACAUAUUGAGAAUGGAUGCAAAGUUGAGAAACGAAAAGAUGAUAAUUGUGCAUUUGGGGGAUGUAACGAAUUUCAAAUGUGCAAAUGUAGUCAAUGUAACAAGUCAUUUUGUGCGUUUCACAGACAUGCAGAGGAUCAUCAUUGCAUUCAUUUAAAGAAGCAACAAAUACCUCUCGAUCAUUCCCAACCUAAAACUGAGCUACCAAAAGCUAAUUCACUAUUAAGGAAGCUUCACAAUGAGAAUCAAGUAGAGAAAAAUAAGAUCAACCUAUCUUCGAGGACAUCGUCCAUAAGCACAUCCAAACCAACUACCUCAAACCCUUCUUUGUCACAUCCUACGCAGUACAUCAUUCCUUUAAAAAACAAACAUCUCGAUGAUGCUGAUUCUGUAAAAACAACUGUGUACAUUACGUUAGAUGCAACGAAAGGAGUACCAAUGAAAUUAAGUCGAUUAUGGUCAUCAGGUAAAACGCUUGACCUCAUUGCAGACUAUGGAAAAAUUAAGAACAACAACCACAAACUACCACAAGACUCGGAAGAUCGACUCAACUUGUAUAAAUUAAGUAACGGAGCUGCCACAAUACUGCCAAUCUCCAAGAGAAUUGAGGAAGUGUUAAAUAACGGGGACGUGAUUAUUUUGGACACUAAUCGAAAUAUACAAGUUGAAAACAACAAACUAUCAAAUCUCAUUCCAGUUAACCCUUGUGCUAGGGAAGAAGUGUCCUUUAUUGACAAACUGACAAGAAAUUACAAACAAUUAUUCUCACAAUAA